AUGGCAGAAUGCAAAAAAAAUCUCAACCGCAUUGGAUUGAUUUUUCAUCGUGAAGAUUUGCAGCCGAUCGGUGAGGGACCAAUCAUUACGGCUGUCGCCAAAAUUAUUCCCUACCGACAAAUCUCUAUUGAUAUUCUUCCCUUCCUUCAAAAUGUCGACAAGGCACUUCGGUUUCUGCCACCUCUCUUCCAAGCAGCCAAAGCUUGUCUAAUUAUUUUUGGCUUUUCAAAAUCUCGCCGAAUCCUACGAACCGGUCUAAAUCGUACCUGCGGAAGACCAAAGUACUACAGUAGAAAUCCCUUGGAGAAGAACAUUAAGAUGGUAGAGAAUUCAAUACAUCCAGAUAACGUUGAUCGAUACGAAAGUAUUCCCUUUAAUGUAGUUUAUAGUAGCACUGCCUUACCUCAAUUGGAAUCCCAAUCUAAGGUCCCAGUGUAUGCCAACUUUGAGGAUGUGCAAGAACUUUCUGUGUGA